AUGGCUGCUUCGACGGCACAGGCAAAGCAAGUGCUGGUGACUGGAGGCGUGCUAAGAAGUCACCAUUUGGCAGUUGUGCCCGUGGUGGAGGGCUUGCUGGAGCGUGGUCACAACGUCACAUUUGCCCUUCCAAACACCAGUGAAGCUCGUGGUUGGUUCCCAGAAGGCAUUGGCUCUGCCAACUUAGUCUUUCUGGGAGACGAAUCUGCAUCCGUUUCAGCCGUCAAGUUCCCAGACAUGAAAAACCUUCGCUGGUACGAGCGCAUCCCCGUGUGGAGCCGUAUGAUUUGGAAUGGAAGGUCCAUUCUCGAGAAGCCCCUACUAUCGAUGCUGGAUGACUUCCUGGGAUUGCUGGAGAACAACAAGUUUGAUGUUGCUUUUUCUUCGGCCAUGUCGAUCAGCUGCAACGCCCUUCUGAAGAGUUCCUCCUUGCCGUUCGUAGGUUUCGUGAGCCUUCCCCCCAUCCCUCAGAUGGUGCUCAGCGACACCGAGGAAGUGUGCAAGUAUCCCAACUUUUGGAAUCCCAGGUCUGUACCGGAUCUUCAGUCUUCCCUCUUGAAGCGCGCGCAGAAUCGUGUGGAGUGCAUGUUGCAGAGGGCGUUCUUUUACGUCGGCUUUUUGGUCAUAAACUCUGUUUUGCAGAGCAAAGGCUUGGAACCAGCAAGGGAUUUUUCACAUCUUUUUCUGGCCGCACGAACCAACGUACUCCUGGGUGGGCCGCCGCUUUCCCUCCCAAUCAAGCUGCCGGAGGGCGUGCACGUCGUGGGGACAGUGGAGAGGCCUCGGGCACGGGGCCUGCCGACAACACUAAGUCGCUGGCUGGAUGGUGCCAGCGCAGCACCAGCACCUGUCAUCUAUGUGUCCAUGGGAACCAAGUAUGAAUUUACUGAGUCUACGUGCCGGAACUUCGUCGCAGUCCUCCAAACACUGAUGACAAACGGCUUUCGCAUUCUAUGGGCUUUGCGUGCCACGCAGCAAGAAGCCUUUCAGCACCUACUGAUUCCUGCAGGCGAGCACUUGAUGAUCGAAGAAUUUACACCGCAGCCGGAAGUCCUCUCCCAUCCAGCAGUCAAGGUUUACUUAUCCCACUGCGGAUGGGGCGGGGUCACGGACACCUUAGCAGCAGGUGUCCCUGUGUUGGCAUACCCUUCCUUCGCUGACCAGCUCGACAAUGCCCAACGACUCGUGGAAGUUGACGCAGCAGUGCUUGUGCUUCCAGAUUUCUCAAAUUUGGUACAGGCAGCGGAGUCUGUUGCCGGGAAUUCAAGCUUUGUCGAGGCAACACGAAAAGCUGCUCUAGAUUUGCAAAAGUACGGAGGGCUUGAGCGCACCUUGGACCUGGUGGAAGAGGCUGCGGAGGGCCGCUUUCCGGACAUGUUGCCUCAUGCAAAAGCAAAGAUGAGCCAGCUGGACCCAUUGUUUCGGCGCGAGCACGGGCCAGAGAAAGCCCUGAGCAUACUGUUUGGACUGGUCAUAUUUUUGUGUCUUUCAUGCUGCUGCGGCUUUUCGAUUCGUUUCUGCUGCUGGUGCUGCUGCGCAAGCCCCCGAAUUAGCGCACACGGCAACAAGAAGAAGAAAAAGGACGAGUAG